ACGCCCAGGGGAGCCCCGGAGCACGAGACCCCGCAGCGGCAGCGCGCCCAGGCGGAGCAUGGUGGAGGGGAGGCCGAGCACCGACGAGCAGGAACAGCGACCUUAGGCGGGAGGCAGCGUGCUGGGAGGGAAGGACUGGGAGGGGGCACUGGUCCUCCUACCAAGGGGCGGGCUCGGGCACCGGGCGUCUCCGGGACCGGUGCCACCGGGAUCCGCGCCUGCACACUCGCGGAGACAUGGAACCAGUCGGAGGCCCGCGGGCCAAGAAGGGCAUUUUGGAGCGUCUGGACAACGGGGAGGUCGUGGUUGGUGAUGGCAGCUUUCUCCUCACUCUGGAGAAGAGAGGCUUCGUGAAGGCGGGGCUCUGGACUCCAGAAGCAGUGGUAGAGCAUCCCAGUGCAGUGCGUCAGCUCCACACAGAAUUCCUGCGAGCGGGAGCUGAUGUCUUGCAGACGUUCACCUUUUCUGCCACUGAGGACAAUAUGGAAAGCAAGUGGGAAGAUGUAAACGCGGCUGCCUGUGACCUCGCCAGGGAGGUGGCUGAUGGAGGGAAUGCUUUGGUGGCAGGGGGCCUCUGCCAGACAUCACUGUACAAAUACCACAAGGACAAGACUAGAAUUAAAGCCCUUUUUCGACGGCAGCUAGAAGUGUUUGCCAGGAAGAAUGUGGACUUCUUGAUUGCAGAGUAUUUUGAGCAUGUGGAAGAAGCUGUGUGGGCUGUGGACGUCUUGAGAGAAGCAGGGAAGCCUGUGGCUGUGACCAUGUGCAUCGGCCCAGAGGGGGACAUGCAUGACGUGACACCUGGAGAAUGUGCAGUCAAGCUGGCACAGGCAGGAGCGGACAUCAUUGGGGUCAACUGCCGAUUUGGGCCCCAGACCAGCUUGCAGACCAUGAAGCUCAUGAAGGAGGGCCUCGGGGAUUCUGGCCUACAAGCUCACCUGAUGGUGCAAUGCCUGGGCUUCCACACACCUGACUGCGGCAAGGGAGGGUUUGUGGACCUCCCAGAAUAUCCCUUCGGCCUGGAGCCCAGAGUUGCCACCAGGUGGGAUAUUCAAAAGUACGCCAGAGAAGCCUACAACCUGGGGGUCAGGUACAUUGGCGGCUGCUGCGGAUUUGAGCCCUACCACAUCAGGGCGAUUGCAGAGGAGCUGGCCCCAGAAAGGGGAUUUUUGCCUCCGGCUUCGGACAAACAUGGCAGCUGGGGAAGUGGUCUGAACAUGCACACCAAACCCUGGAUCAGAGCCAGGGCUAGACGGGAAUACUGGGAGAAUCUGCUGCCAGCUUCAGGCAGGCCUUUCUGUCCUUCACUAUCAAAGCCUGAUGCAUAAGAAGCAAUGAGAGAAAAGUCUGAAAUAAUGACAGACGGGAAAGAAAUGGCCUCAAGUCCUGUCCUCCUUGCUGCUGUCCUCAGCCUGCCUUGUUCUUCCAGAUGCUGAGCAUCGAUGAGCUUCUCUCCCUUAAGUUCAAGCAACACCUCCCUCCUGAGCACUCUCACCAGAUGCUGUGGCGAUAUGGAGACACCUGGACCAGGCCCCCUCCCCAUGUACUCUCUGACUAGUAAUGUCACAGAGCAUCCAUGAGAAGGUCAUCAGAAGUCUAGAGUUGGCUGUCGUGGUGGAUUUGACAUUCUUAAAUAAUCAGAAGUCAGCGAGAAGCUACCUUAGUGAAUAAUUCAGGCAUCUACGCUAGAUGCUUGAGGAAGAGGGAGAAGGCUCUGUACUAGCAAUCAGUAUGCUUUUUUCUAGUGAGCUCUAUUGUAGAAGAGAUGCCAAAACUGUUAUGAGUGAUGGCAGGAUUAUUGAAAUCAAAGAUGAUUUUUGCUUUAAGGUCCUAGAAUUGGUAAGUACAUCUUUAUAACCACACAUAGCUAGAUUAUAAACUCCUGGUCAUCAAGAAUCAUAUAACAUGCUGCUACAUUCUUCUUUAUUUAGUAUCAUGCUAAACACAAUCACCAAUGCUUAAUGAAAUGUUGAUUAAAAUAAAACAGGUGAACCCUGGAAUAUCUUUUCAGAAGUCAGAGUUCAAGUUCAUCUUGCUCUCCUACUUUCUCGAUUCACAUUUGUGUUGUACACUGACACUGUCCAUUUUCCUCUUUUUCUCAACAAUGUAGCAAUGUGUGACAAUUAGCAAAAAGUUAUUUUCCUUUUAUAGAAUUUGACUGUCUUAACUUUGUAGAUGUUCUUUGGAAAAAUGAUAAUAAAUAUCUGUUGCUUGUCAUGUUC